GAGUAGGCGCCACAUGGUUUCAUGUUGGGAGCCCCUCACUCAGUGGCCAUUAAAGUGACCUUCUUUCCCUGCAUUCCACUUUUUUUCAUCACCAUCACCCAAAACUAACCCCUCUCAUCUCACAUCUUCAAGGAAUAAACACAAGAUCAUCAAUCUUUUUCAUGCUAAUUAGACAAAAACAACCCUUUAAGUUCUUCAUUUAGUUUCUCAAACACCACUAUAUUUUUCAAUUUUCAUCCAUUGGGUUAUAAAUUAUAAUAAUGCAGUCACCCUCUUCUUCUUUUAACUUCUUUUAAUCUUCUCUUAGACUUAUUGUUUGCUUUUUUUGGGGGGGCAAAGAUAGUGAAGAAGCCAUAUGGAGACUGAUCUUUUCUUCUUCUUGUUACUCUUGUUCUUUGUUCUUGUUCUCAGUUUUGACCUUACCACUGCUCAGAUUCCAGGUUUUAUAAGUUUUGACUGUGGUGGUCAAAGCAAUUUUACAGACAAUCUCGGCCUUGACUGGACUCCCGAUAGUCAAAUCAUUUACGGGAUCACAACUAACAUCUCAGUCACAAACGAAACAAGACAACAAUAUCAAACCGUCAGAUAUUUUCCAGCAGAUAACAGAAAAUAUUGUUACACACUUGACGUUAAAAGCAGGACUAGGUACCUCAUUAGAGCAACAUUCUUGUACGGCAAUUUCGAUAACAAUAACGUGUACCCGAAGUUCGACAUUUCCAUGGGACCCACUCGUUGGGCUACGAUCGUCAUUUCCGACGCUAACGUUAUCGAGUCUCAAGAACUAAUCUUUUUGGCUUCUGAACCGACUGUGAGUGUCUGUUUAUCGAAUGCUACAACCGGGCAGCCGUUUAUUUCUACGCUCGAGCUCCGGCCGUUUAACGGGUCGAUUUACCUUACACCGUUUGAAAACCAGUUCUUUCUUGGUGUGUCUGCAAGAAUCAACUUCGGUGCGGAAAACGAAGAUCCGAUCAGGUACCCGGAUGACCCGUUUGAUAGAAUAUGGGAAUCGGAUUUGGUAAAAAAAGCGAAUUAUCUUGUCGACGUGGCUGCGGGAACCGAUAGAAUAUCGACAAAUUUACCAAUCGAUACCCGAAAAGACGAGCAGCCACCGGAGAAAGUUAUGCAGACAGCUGUCGUGGGAAGAAACGGAACGUUGACUUAUCGCAUGAAUUUGGACGGGUUUCCGGGAUACGGUUGGGCGUAUACUUACUUCGCUGAAAUCGAAGAUUUGGAUCCCACCGAGACUAGAAAGUUCCGGUUGGUUCUUCCCGGAGCACCGGAACUCACUAAAGCGGUUGUUAAUAUCCAAGAAAACGCUCAGGGGACGCACCGUUUGUACGAGCCAGGAUUUGAAAACAUAUCGCUUCCAUUUGUUUUGUCUUUUAAGUUUGGGAAAACGUAUGAUUCUACUCAAGGGCCUCUUGUUAAUGCAAUUGAGAUUAGUAGAUAUUUGAAAAUAAGUGACGGGUCUUUCGAUGGAGCGGUGGCUGCGAGUUUAGUAUCGGGUUACAUGUCGUUGGAUUGGGCUCAAGAAGGUGGUGAUCCGUGUUUGCCGGUUGCGUGGUCGUGGGUGGAGUGUAGUUCCGACAGUGAACCGAAGAUUAUCUCAGUAAAAUUGUCUGGCAAGAACUUGACCGGAAGCAUUCCUUCGGAAUUGACCAAGUUGACCAGCUUAGAACAGUUGUGGCUUGAUGGGAAUGCACUCACGGGUCCGAUUCCUGAUUUUACCGGAUGCCCAAAUUUAAAGAUCAUACAUCUGGAGAACAAUCAGCUGAGUGGCGACUUGCCGUCCUCAUUAGCUGACCUGCCUAACUUAAGUCAACUGUAUGUACAAAAUAACUUGUUAACCGGAGAAGUCUCGUCCGGUCUUCUGAACAAGAAUAUAGUGUUAAACUACACGGGAAAUGCCGGUCUUAACAAAGGAAGUAACGGAGGGAGACGGAAUAGAAACAUAAUUAUUGGCGUCGUGAUCGGGGCUUCUGCCCUUUUCUUAGGGUUCUUAACUUCGUGUCUACUCCUUCGCAAACGAAAGAAAUAUUCCAAAACAGAGCCCAAACGCGGCAUGCCUGUUACGACCAAUGCAGCAACGGAAGCUGCUCAAAGCUUCACAUUAUCUGAACUACGAAACGCCACAAAGAAUUUCGAAAACAAAGUUGGCUCGGGAGGAUACGGCACCGUUUAUUACGGAAAAUUAAAUGACGGAAGGGAAAUUGCCGUCAAAAUACUUGAAAAUAAUAAUGUUUAUCAGGGCAAGAAAGAGUUUGCAAAUGAGGUGAGCCUUCUUUCGCGAAUCCAUCAUAGAAACCUAGUACAGUUUCUAGGCUUUUGCCAAGAAGAAGGGAAGGAUAUUCUUGUUUACGAGUUCAUGCAUAAUGGAACACUCAAAGAACAUCUAUACGGACCUUUGGCUAGGGAACGAGGGAUUAAAUGGCUCAAGCGACUCGAGAUUGCCGAAGAGUCUGCCAAAGGGAUUGAGUACCUUCAUACUGGUUGUGUCCCUUCCAUCAUUCAUAGAGACUUGAAAACAAGCAACAUUCUUCUUGAUAAGAACAUGAGGGCUAAAGUAUCCGAUUUUGGCCUCUCGAAGCUUGCAAUUGAUGGGACUUCACAUGUAUCAAGCAUCGUUCGUGGCACCGUUGGCUAUCUUGAUCCUGAGUACUAUAUUUCAAACCGAUUAACAGACAAAACCGAUAUCUAUAGUUUUGGGGUCAUCCUUCUCGAACUAAUCUCGGGUCAAGAAGCGAUUUCAAACGUAAACUUUGGUAUAAAUUGCCGUAACAUCGUUCAAUGGGCGAAGAUGCAUAUAGAGAAUGGGGACAUUCAAGGAAUCAUUGAUCCAGCGCUCGGUAAUGAAUACGACAUCCAAUCAAUGUGGAAGAUAGCCGAAAAAGCUUUGAUGUGUGUGCAACCGCACGGGAACAUGAGACCUUCGAUGUCUGAAGUUAUUAAGGAAAUACAAGACGCGAUCUUGAUAGAAAAGGGAGUGGAAACGGCUGCUGCACGAGAACGCAGUUCUGGUGAAGUAUCAAGGCAUUCCAUUUUGAACAUGGGAUCGCUUGAUCUAAUGGCUAACGGUCAAGAUUUGUCGAUUGAUGAGUCGUUUACUCGACCUGGUGCACGUUAAGAAUCGGUUUCGUUACACAUCUUUAAUUGUCAGAUGUUUAAAAAUAUAACUUUUCAAAAAACAAAAAAGAAGUUGUGAGGUUUUUGGAAGGUUGGGUUUAGAGUAGUAGUUAGGAUGAUGGUUUGGUGUUAUUUUCUUUUUUAGUUUUUUUUUUUUAUUAUUAUUAUUUUGGGGGGCAUUUGGAGGUGAUUUUUGGAUCAUUUUGUAAGUUUUUUUAGUUGUAAGGGGUUGGGUGUAGAUUUGGUGUUUCUGUGGGCCAAUAGUUGCAAAUUUAUUUGUAGUGAUGCUUGUAUUCAAAUUUAUUUAUUUAUUGUGUAGCAAUUAUCAUUAGGUAAGUGUUUUUUUUUUUUUUUC